AUGGAGUUUGAAUCAGGUGACCAGCGUGAUGUUUGUUUCUUUCAAAUCAAGGUUUCUUGCAAUGGCAGUAGACGAAAUUUAAAAGAUCUAUUAACACCAUUUUCUGCUAAUAAUUUCGAAUGGAAAUCAGAAUUGGAAUAUUUAUUAUUGCGUGCAGCGUAUUAUGAUAUUUCACGUAUGAAUUUGCAUGGUCACACGAUAUGUGAUAGUCAUCAUCAGUAUUUAUUGCAAAAAUUUCGUCGAGAUCAUUGUUAUUUGUGCAAAACUGUAUUUGGUUGUAAUAUUAAUUCAACAAAUGAUCUUCGUCGUAUUUCUCGAACUAUAGCAUUUGGUAUUUGGCAAGAUCAUCAGUUGUCAAUUUUUGAUCAAACUAUGUGUGGUUGUUGUCGCAAGAAGCUUGAGAAACAAUAUUAUCAUAAAGAAAUUAUUGAAAAGAGUGAAAAUAUUUUUUCAUGGCUAUAUGAUGAGUACACAAUUUAUACUCCAUCUAUUGCUUCAUCAUCGCCAUAUUCCAUAUAUGAAUUCAAUGAAGAUCCUGAUAUCCAAUCUCAUCAGAGAGAUAGUUUUAGAGAAUUUUUAAUGGUUAAUGGUUAUCAAGAAAGUGUGCAAAUGACAAACUCUUAUCACAAAAUGAUUCAGAAGAAGCAGCAAGAUUUUCGACGUAAAACCAAAAAUAUAUUAUUAUUUAUUUUACAAAUAUUAGCAUCAAAUGAUUUUCUUCAAGUUUGGAAAGAUAUUAUAGAAUCUGAUUUUGAAGAAACUAUGCAGGAUUGUGAACUUGAUGGAAAAUUUGGUAUAGUUAUGAAUUGCAUUGCUGAUGCCUAUAAUGAUGUUAAUCAUUGGAGUACUAGACGUCAGCUUCUAUCAAUUGUUGCUCAAGAUAUUCCAUUGUAUAUAAUCCAACAAUUUAUACCCGAUGUAACAUUAUGGAAGUUAAAUGCAGCUAAACAACAAGCUGUUGCUAAUGGACCAGGUAGUAUUGUUAAAUAUAAUGGAUCAAUAAAAAUACGUUAUACAGAAAGUCAAAUAGCACAUUUCAUUCAAUACAUUCUUUCUCCACAUAUAACAACGGACAUGCCAUUUGGCGAAAAAAAUAUAAAAUUAUCUUCUGGUGAUACAAUUGUUGUUUCAAAUACUAUUCGCAAUUUACUACCAACUCGAAUUAUUCAAGCUUAUAAAGAAUAUUGUAAAGAAUGUGACGAAGAAUUUAAACCAUUGAGUGAUACGUGUCUAUUUGAAAUUUUACAUUGUUGUACUGCUUCUAAUCGAAAGUCUUUACAAGGUCUUGAUUAUUUCGCCUGUGAUGGUUCCAAUGCGUUUGAUAUGCUUACACAUUUAUGUGAUGAAUUAACAACACAUGGUAAUUUCAGAUGACAUUCUAAUAAUAGCAGAGUUAUUAAUUAAAAUAUUUGAAUUUAUUUAUAGAUGUUACUACUUCUAAGAUUAUUGAAUUGAAGAAAGGAUUGCAUGAAUCACGCAAUUGUUUAAAAAAUAACU